AUGGCUUCUUCCCUUCUCCUCCAUCCUCCCCUCUCUAUGGGCCCUAAUGUGCGCCCAGUCGCGGCUCCACUUCGGGGGCAAGGUAACCCUUUUCCUGGUCCUUUCUCCCUCCCUCCGCUCACGCGGGUGUCUCCGCGAAAGCUCGCUCGUUGCGUCAUCACCAGGGCGAAAGGGAAAAUGCCCAGUCAAGAAGUUUCAGGGUCCCAGCAGCAAUCCAAGAAUGCCUCGGUUCCGAUGGCUGAUGAAGAGGAGGAAGUGGAGGAGGACCUGCCCUGGAUACAGGAGAAGGCCAUGGAUCUCGUAGAGUUCACCGGGACGGUGACCCAGGCCUUACCUGGGCCAAGGGUGGGGCAGAGCAAGUUGCCGUGGGUCCUGGCUGUUCCUUUGGCUUAUAUUGGCGUUUCUUUCGUCAUCGCUUUUGUGAAGACUGUGAAGAAGUUUACUUCCCCGAGGGCGCAGAAGAGGAGAUUGGUUAGUUGAUUCUUAUCCUUUCUGAUGCCUGUUUGCUUCAGAUUAUCAUUAAUCUGUAAUGAAAUACAUUACUGGAUGAUUAGGCUCUCACCUGCCGGGCUGUGUGCAUCCAUUUUCAUGAUAUCACGCUCCUUUCGCUUUUCAUUGUAGGUGAAUAAGAAUGCCACCCUGCUGAAGUCAAUAGACGAACUAUUUGUUCAAGGAAACAAUCAAGUGCAAUAUUCAGCACUUAAAGAGCUUAUGCAGAAGGUACUUUACUCCUAGAGGUCUGGGUUCGAUUCCAUUAUUUUUCUAUUAGUGAUAGUGCUGAUGAAAUUGGCUUCCAGACUUCUCUCUUAUCCAGUUAUUUCCUGUGACGGCAGGAUCUUAUUGAUUGCUGUCUUGAGCAUGAUGGAUUUCUGUAUAGGAUAUGGUGAAUUUAUCUGUCACACAUCAAAUCCUUCAAGGGAUUGUACCACCAGAUUGAUGUGUUGUUAGUAAAAAAAUCACUAUUAUCCUAGAUGUGAGGUAAAUGCUGGACGUAGAUGAGAGUUGGACUGUUAUAGAUUGUUUCCCGUAAAGGAUAGGUUGCCAUUGAAGAUUUCAGGCUUUUUACAUUGUUUAAUUCGAUGAAUCUUCCAAUAUAUAUGUCCCAGAAAAAAAUGUAUAUGAUUGUAAAUCAAGUUUUAUAGAGGUUCGUAAUGCUAAUGAGGAAGCUGAGAAGUCAUCAAGUGAAAUGCAUAUUUCAUUCGUUUGUUUCAUACAAUUUAUCAGGAAUUGUAUUCUACUUUUCACCUGUUGAUGCAGUUCUUCCUGAUAGGCUUGCACUAUUGGUCUCUUUGGGGAAGAAAUUAUCAAUUUGGCACUAAUUUUGCACGGCGAAAACAUGGAAUGGCCAAAAAAUGCAUGGUGCUAUGAUUUUUGCGGUUUUCUAAAACUUGUCCUCUCUGUGCAUGACUUUUUAAAUUGUGAUAUAUUAUUAACUAAAAUAUUCGACCUGUAACGUAAAUAAUUCAGAGUAACUCCCAUCCAUUUUGUAUUUCAUGAAAAUGAGUUCAGAAAAUGAAGAGAAGUGUGUCCCCAAGAAGUAGAUUUAGUUUCUAAAUAUCUCGCAGAAUGAUGUGAGAACAUUUGACAAGACAGAGCAUGCGGUCUUCAUCUUUAUUACGUGGUUUUUUUGUGUCACCUGCACACCGAUCCCUUUAAACCUUGCUGUAGAAUUGUCGUAGUGUGCCUUUCAAAUUUCAAAGAGUGUUCUUCCUUUCCUUUCAUGUUUUCUGCCUUAUCUGCUUUCAAUUUACCUGUUUAAAUAAAUAUAACUGAAACCGGAAAUUAAGACAUACAUUUUCUUGUUAAGCAUGAAUAAAUGGGCGGCAUGCUGUUCCUUAUUAGGAAGUCAAAACUAUCAGUGAGUGUUGUGCUUCUGUCCAAGUUGAUUCACAGAACAUUUAUAUGCAGACAGAUUUCAGCAUGGAGGAUGUUUUACGGAAGUACAUCCGGUAUGCUUUGAAUGAGAAGCCCUUUAAUCCACAACUGGUCGUCAACCUUAUCUGUCUCAGAAAAGCUUCAAUGUUGGAUGAUCCCCAGGUUGCUGACGUUCUAAAUGAGGUUUCAAGGCGAAUUGUGAAGGAAAAAGGUCAUUUUCUUACAGACCCUCUCGUGUCAAUAUGCACUUUAUAAUGUACCAGUGCAUUUUUUUUACUCCUUUUGAUCUUAUUUGAUGUGAUUUCGACACUUCAUAUCAUUUGUGCUAUUAUGCGUAUAACUUGCAUUUCAACGAAUUUACUGAAGACCACUGAUCAUCUUUGUGAUCAUAUAUCGUCUGGGCACUAGCCAAUCUAACAAGUCUAGUCUAUUAGUCUGCCCCCCCUCCCCUCCCCCCCAAACCAGCUCUUUCUAUAUAAUGAGAAUCUCACCCAUACUUGAGAUAAAAAUGCGGAUGUGAUGGAUAUUGAGAGUUUCCUUGUCCUUAUUUCUUGGAUACUGAGAGUUAGCUUAUGUUCUUCAGGUCCAGUUGUGAUGGAUAUCUCUGGGUUCACAGAAAAAGGUUUUAAGCGAAAACUUGCUGUCCAGGCUCUAUUUGCAAAGAUUCUGUACUUGUCUGAGGUACACUUCUGACAAAAGCUUUUCUUGUUAUCUGAUCUGAACGUUCUGUACAUGGAUACCUUGGAUUUCAUUACAUCGCCAUCAAAGAGUGAAUAUACACCAGCAAAGCUUCCAGCGUAGCUUUGUCUUUCUUUGAGAAAAAUCAAAAGCUCCAAGCGCAUAUCUUGAGAGAACCAUGCUAUGUAUGAAACCCGCUUAUCUUCCCAAUUGGAUAAAUCUCACUAGCUAGUUUAUCCAUGGAAGAUGAUAGUUAGUAACGUUAAUAAUAAAAGAUUAUCCAUGGAAGUUGAUUCUUUUAUCGAAGGUGAUAUUUUUGGGGGCUAAUCAGAAUGCAGAUUAACGAUUGUGAUCCACCAUUAGUUCCUAAUGGGAAUCAAGAAAUGCUAAUAAUUUAAACUCAGUGUGAUCUUGGGGUCGCACUUUGUGGGGCAUACAUCCGUUCUGUAAUUCGUCCUAUAUAUUAAUCUGCCAAUGGCAAAAGAAAUGCUAAUAAUGUUCCAGGCUUGAUGUAUGGGCAUGGCAUUCACUCUGGUUUUUCUGCAAAAGUAGAAAUGAAAAACCUUCUGGGUAACAGAGAUUUUUCUGCAAAAGGUCUCGAUUAUGCACAAGAUUAUGCGACACUAACUGCGUGAUAUGCUCUGAACAGCUUCCAGAGAUCUGUUCAAGAGAUGGCUCACUGAUGAUCAAAGAAAUAUUUGGAGUCACCGAGUAUGAUCCACUAUGACUUCAUUAUUUCAUCUCCAUACUCGAACUUUAGCGUUGACUUUUGCACACCUUGUUGUUUUCUUCCAGUGAGGAUGCGGACACACUUAAAAUCCAGACACUAUCCGAAUCCGGCGACGUUGACUCACUUGAAAGGAUGGUUGAUUCCGACUCUGAGGAGUCUGCCGGGCCAUCAGCUCCUUCUUCUUAG